AUGAAAAGAUGUGGUUUGAAUUACCAGAUGAUAAAACGAUAUUAUAAUAUAUCUGUAAUGAAUGAAAAUAUAUAUAAAGAGUUAAAUGUAUCAAAAUAUAUUAAAACGUGGAAUAUUUCUAAUUAUAAUUUUAUUAUUUAUGGUCUUAUGCAUGGUCAAAUAUGUGGAAAUAUUUCAAGUGGGGAAGAUUGUCGUAACUUAAUUCAGAAUAUAAAAAUGGAUUACAUAUUAUUAGAGUUAUGUAAAGAAAGAUUAAAUAAAAUAUGUAAUGAUAUAUUGGUACAUUCGAAAGAAGGAAAUUAUAUUAUUAAAGAUAAACAUGUUAAUGAUAAUAAUAUACAUGAUUCUAUGUAUAACAAAACAAAGAAUUUAUAUCAUAAUCAAAUUAAGAAUCAAAAAUUAUAUCAUAAUGAUUAUAAUAAAUUUUCCUAUUUACCUAGGAUACAUAACGGCUUUCUUAAAAAUGAAUUUAUUCCCAUAAUAGAGGAAUGUCUAAAAAAUAAUUUAAAUAUUUUUUCAUGUGAUAGAAAUAUACAUAUUGUAAAAAAUAGACUCGAUGCCAAACUAUUAUAUGAUACAAAGUCUUAUAGAAACUUCUUUACCUAUUGUACAGAAUCUAUAGCUUUAAGACAUUAUUCAUAUAAUGAUUUUAUUAAAUUAUAUAAAAAUUAUUAUAUUCCUACACAAAAUAAGGAUCAAACAAUUAAUACACAAAAUAAGGAUCAAACAACUAAUACACAAAAUGAUUUAAAUUUAAAUUUAAAUCAAAACCUUAAUAAUCUCAUAAAAUUUAUUAAAAACAAAAAUAUUCAUCCUAAUAAAACAUAUAAUCAUAACAAUCAAACUUGUACAUAUCUUGAUAAUUUGAACAAAUUAAAUAUUCUGCCCUUAUUAAAUGAAAGGUUAAAACAUAUUUCCAAACCUACAUAUGAUGUAUUAGUAGAAGAGAAAUAUAAAUAUAUGGUACAUAAUAUUUGGUGCUUUCUAUUAAAUAAUGAAAAAAAUAUAUUUCAAAAUAACGAACAUAAUAAAAAUAUACUUAUUGUAUGUUCUUCUAAUAUUAUUGAACAAGUUUAUAACGAAUUACAAGAAGUAUAUCUAAUCUUAUUCAAUAAAUAUAAAAAUAAUAUGUCACUCAAUCAAGUACAUAAUAAUACAAAUAUUGAAAAUUUACAUAAUAACCAAAAAAUAAAACAUAUACAACCUAUUGUUUAUCAAAAUAUAUAUAGUUCAUAUAAUGAUUAUAUAAAACCACAUUGGCCUCUCAUACUUUUAAAAUAUUAUAUUUUGCCAUAUCUCAUUUUGUAUUUUUUAUUAAAUACUUUAUAUAAUCUUAUAGCAUGGAUAUAUAAAUCUAAUAUGCAAAAUACACAAUUCCCCUCACCCAAAAUUAUAAAGCUUACCAUAUGA